CCCGCCCAUGCGGAGGCGGGGCCUGCAGCGCGCGGGAAGCGGCGCGCGCGGCGGCGGGAGCUGGCGGCCGCGGGGACUGACCACGUCCCUAUAGCUUUCCUCUGUCUUUGGAGAAAGAACGGUCCCCGAGGAACGGUAUUCUGUCCCUUGAAGACUCAGGAGGAUGAAAGUCAUCACUUGUGAGAUCGCCUGGCAUAACAAGGAGCCAGUGUACAGCCUGGACUUCCAGCACGGAGCCGCCGGGAGGAUCCACAGGCUGGCCUCCGCGGGGGUGGACACCGCUGUCAGGCAGAUCUGGAAGGUAGAAAAAGGACCAGAUGGAAAGGCCAUUGUUGAAUUUUUGUCCAAUCUUGUUCGCCAUACCAAAGCUGUCAAUGUCGUGCGUUUUUCUCCAAGUGGGGAAGUUUUAGCAUCAGGAGGGGAUGAUGCUGUCAUUCUUCUGUGGAAGGUUAAUGAUAACAAGGAACCAGAACAGAUCGCUUUUCAGGACGAGGAUGAGGCUCAGCUGAACAAGGAGAACUGGACUGUCGUAAAAACCCUGAGGGGCCACUUAGAAGAUGUGUAUGAUAUUUGCUGGGCAACCGAUGGGAAUUUAAUGGCUUCUGCCUCUGUGGAUAACACGGCCAUCAUAUGGGAUGUCAGUAAAGGACAAAAGAUCUCAAUUUUUAAUGAACAUAAAAGUUAUGUACAAGGAGUAACCUGGGAUCCUUUGGGUCAAUAUGUUGCUACCCUGAGCUGUGACAGGAUCCUGAGGGUGUACAGCACACUGAAGAAACGUGUGGCUUUUAAUGUCUCAAAGAUGCUGUCUGGAGUAGGGGCUGAAGGAGAGGCGAGAAGUUACCGGAUGUUCCAUGAUGACAGCAUGAAAUCAUUCUUUCGUAGACUUAGUUUCACUCCUGAUGGAUCUUUGCUCCUCACACCAGCCGGAUGUGUGGAAUCGGGUGAAAACGUAACAAAUACAACUUAUGUUUUCUCCAGGAAAAAUCUUAAAAGGCCUAUCGCCCAUCUUCCGUGUCCUGGGAAGGCGACGCUCGCUGUCCGCUGCUGCCCCGUCUACUUUGAGCUGAGGCCAGUGGUGGAAGCAGAGCCAGGUGUGGAGCUGGUGAGCCUGCCCUACCGCCUGGUGUUUGCUGUGGCUUCUGAAGACUCUGUGCUUUUGUACGACACCCAGCAGCUGUUCCCGUUUGGUUACGUGUCUAACAUACAUUACCACACCCUGAGUGAUAUUUCCUGGUCCAGCGACGGGGCCUUCCUGGCCAUCUCUUCCACGGAUGGUUACUGUUCCUUCGUGACGUUCGAGAAGGAUGAGCUCGGAAUUCGCUUGAAAGAGAAGCCAGUUGUGUGUGUGAGAACUCCCGAUACAGCGAAGAAAACCAAGAGUCAGACACACCCAGGGUCUUCGCCAGGACCCAGGCUGGGAGAGGGAACCGCCAGCAGCAGAGUCCGGGACCCCAGCAGCCCCUCUGCAACGCCCCCUCAGGCGAAACAGUCUCCGGCCCCCACGGCGGCCAAGGACACCCCUGUGACCGCUCCCGGUGCCAGAGGCUUCCUGGCAGGGCCCUCAGAGGAGAAGACCCUGCAGCCCGGCAGUCAGAAUGUGAAAGCCCACCCAUCCCGGAGGGUCACUCUGAACACGCUGCAGGCCUGGAGCAAGUCAACACCCCGGAGAAUAAACUUAAUACCCUUGAAGACAGAUACUCCACUGAAUUCUAUACCAACCAGCGUAAUUUCCAGCCCUUCCACAGAAGAAAUUCAAUCAGAGAUGCCUGGAGACCUUCAGGUCAGUUCCCCGGAGCUUAAGCGGCCGAGACUCAGUGAGCACAAAGAAGGUCCCCAAGGUCUGGACCCCUGAUGAGACCUGUCAUGUGCCUGAAGGCUGCUAGGUCUGGGGACCCCCGUGUGCCCAGAGAGGGGCGAGACCAACCUGAGACCAGUGGAAUCAGACGGAGCCUGACGGACACUAGAAAAUGGAUUUCUGUAACAGAAGAUACGCGUGGACCAAUUUUCUCCAGAAAUAUGUUGGCUGUUGUAUUUAGCAUACAUUUUUACCUCAGAUAUGUGAACAUUUUAAUAGACUAAAUUCUCUUUUUGAUGAGUUUCUGA